CGCCGACGCUACUGCUUGUUGGCCGAUCUGGUAACGGGAAAAGCUCUGUUGCAAAUUCAAUUCUCGGACAUAAACUUGGGGAACAACUUCCAAGGGAAAGUUUUGAGGUUGCAACAAGGAAGAAGCUUGGGGCACAGAUUGGGGCAAAACUUGGGGCAAAACUUGGAGAGCAACUUAUAGAAAAAUUUGAUAAACGUAUUAAGGUUGAGGACGACGUAGAACUUUUUCGGAACUUUGUCACAGACUUUUUUUUUUUGGUGGACCAAAAUUUUAAAACUGAAAAAUUGGAGAAUGACAUGAGGGAAAACCAAGAAUUUGUUGUAAUUGACUGCACAGGUCUCGGUGACACAGGAUCUGACAUGGCGGGUGACAUUAAAGAUGUGCUGCGGUCUGCUUUGGAUGCAGUGAAAAUGUGCGGAACAGAGUCAGAUGUCAAGACGUUUCAAAGUGAUGUGCCAUCUAAAAAUGUUUCUGCAGUAGUAAAAAACAGCUAUAACAAAUUUGAUACAGACGGAACGAAUGAUGAUGACUCCACUCAGGAAAAUAUUUUAACGGUUACAAAUAAUGAUGACCCAAGUAACAAAAAUACUUUAGCAGGAACACUUGUAGUCAGACAAUCAAAUGAAAAAUACCGUGGAUUUGAUGCUCUGAUAUUCGUCAUGAAAUACGGCGUCCGUUAUACCAAACAAGAGAAGGACUCGGUCAAAAUGAUCAAGUUUAUAUUUGGAGAAAAUGUGUUUCAAAAAUGGGGCAUCCUAGUGUUUACAUAUGGUGACAACUUUUACAGUGAUUCUCAAAUAACGUUUGAAGAUUGGUGCAGGGAACAAACAGGUGAUAUAAAAAAUCUUUUCGAAGAAGUCCAACACAGGUGUGUCAUCUUUGAUAAUAAAACGGUGAGUUUAGAAUUACAAAAUUCCCAGCGAUCGACCUUCUCGAGUUUGAUAGAUAAAGUGAACGAAGGAAACGUAGGAACGUAUCAAAUAGAUGGGACUGCAGGGCCAUUAAAAAUACUAGAUAAAUAUUACACAAUUUCGGAACGGAACCCAGGACACCCCCAUGAAGAACUGAUUGAACUUGAAAGGAUGAUAAAUGAAGAACUGGCAAUGUUCUCCCCAAGCAAACCAGACGAAUACAAAAAACUUUUGGAAUUGGGACUUAACGAUAUAAGAAAACACCAAAUGGCGAGAGUGCCACCAAAAAAAGCUUUAUGUAUUUUACUUUAAGUUUUUUGGUUAAACUUAAUUCAAUUAACGGGGCAGUAUUGUGUAAAUAAUAUAGGCUUACUUCUAUAUACACAAUUUUUGUCAAUAUCUAUUUACAUAAUAUGUGUUUAUCUUUAUAUUAAAUUAAAAUCGUACAAGUCAUUAUAAACUACUUGAAAACGAAAUAUAUUGCUUUUUUUUUCUAUUCCAU